CCAUCCAUCCUUCAGUUCACCCAUUUAUCAGUCUCGGGCAGUGACGGUGCAUUCGGCUCGGCAGGGGAUCUGCAGCUCGUUAGUUAAAACCACCGACUGGAAGGGCUGCGGCGGGGAAUGGAAGCCGAGGACCUGAGCAGAGAGCCAUCCCAUAUGACAAAGAGUGGUACUUUUUAGAGAGGAAAAAAAAUCACGACAACUUACCAGUACAUUGAAAAAGUCCAAAAACAUGAGCAAUAUAUGACCCCUUUGGACCUCUCACCUCCACAAAGGCAUAAUUUGGAGAUUCAACGUUCAAAGGUCUAUUAGCCACUAGAAAGCUGGUCCUGAAGUUUUAGAUACUCUCUUGAGCAAAUUCAGGCAUUUUACCAAUUUCCAUUCCAUCCAAUGAUGGCUACAGCUCCCAACAUGGAAUUUAUGAAUGAACAACCAGCUCUGCCAGAAAUUCCAGCCCCAGUCUUUGACCCAGAACCUGUUCAAGUAGAAAAGGGAAGAAAAAGAAGAACCAGAUCAUCAGAGCCAAAAAAGCCGGAGCCAAAAAAACCUGCCGCAUCCCCCAAAUCGGCCAAGUCAACAAAAUCCAAGGGGAAACAAGAAAAAAUUACAGACACUUUCAAAGUGAAAAGGAAAGUGGAUCGUUUUAAUGGGGUCUCAGAAGCUGAACUUCUGACCAAGACCCUGCCUGAUAUUUUGACCUUCAACCUGGAUAUUGUCAUUAUUGGCAUAAACCCCGGACUUAUGGCGGCCUACAAAGGGCAUCAUUACCCAGGACCUGGGAACCAUUUUUGGAAAUGCCUCUUUAUGUCUGGGCUGAGUGAGGUCCAGUUAAAUCAUAUGGAUGACCAUACUUUGCCAGGAAAGUAUGGCAUUGGCUUUACAAAUAUGGUUGAAAGGACCACCCCAGGCAGCAAGGAUCUCUCAAGUAAAGAAUUUCGCGAAGGAGGACGUAUUUUGGUGCAGAAAUUACAGAAGUACCAACCUCGAAUAGCAGUUUUCAAUGGAAAAUGUAUUUAUGAAAUUUUUAGUAAAGAAGUUUUUGGAGUAAAAGUUAAGAAGUUGGAAUUUGGACUUCAGCCCCAUAAGGUCCCAGAUACUGAAACUCUCUGCUAUGUCAUGCCGUCAUCUAGUGCCAGGUGUGCUCAAUUCCCACGGGCCCAAGAUAAAGUGCAUUAUUAUAUCAAGCUGAGAGAUUUGAGAGAUCAGCUGAAAGGUGUUGUACCAAAUGCAGAUGUGCAGGAGGUGCAGUAUACAUUUAAUCUGCAACUUGCCCAAGAGGAUGCAAGGAAGAUGGCUGUUAAAGAAGAAAAAUAUGAUCCUGGUUAUGAGGCAGCCUAUGGAGGUGCUUACUGUGAAAAAGCAUGUGAUGUUGAGCCGUGUGCCUUCUCUUUAGAUGGGACAGGAACAAAUAAUGCAAUCUUAAGCGGAGAACCAACUUUUGGGGACAUUGCAAGCGACCAGUGGAUGACGCAGUCAUUCACAGACCAGAUUCUGCCUUCAUUCAAUCCCUUUGGGACACCAGAGCAAGAGGGCGGCUGUGUGUGAGAACAGCCUUUGGAAGCUCAUCCUAAAUGCUGCAGUUUUAAUGCAGCUGUCCAAAAGAAGAGUGCCUCAGUUCACCAGCUGAAGCAUUUUAAGUGGAUUUUACUCCUUUUAUUUUCUGAUAACCCCAAACUGUUGUGUGGUAGAAUUAGCUUGAUGAGCUAGCUAGCUAGAUAGUGUGAAGCAAAUGUAGAUCCUUUUGUAUGUGAGUUUUUAUAUUUAACUUAUGCCAUCAUUACAGUUUUUGACAAACUGUAGUCUCAUUUUGGAAGAAAUGAUUUCUUUUGGGAGUUGCUUGUAGUUUGUAUUUUUUUUUUAAACAGCCUGUAUAUUUAUACUUCUUAAACCUGCAUCUAGGAAGAAAUUCCAGGGUCCCUAUGCCUGAAAAGCACAUUCUGUGCAUGAUUGUCACGGGUACAGACACACAGAUGUGUGUCACAAUUCACGUGUGCACAUGACACGCCUCACCUGCUGUCCAUGAAAUAUGUACUUUGGGACUUGGGGAUUUUCCAGUUGUGCUGAUAUAGGACCCUAAAUCAUUUUUUCCCCAAAGUGGCCCCUUCCCCAUGUGGCCAACAGUUUGCAUUUAUUGGUAAGGAAGUUGCCUGGGCUCAAUCCAUGUGUGGCUCAGGAUCAGAGCCUUUCCUCUGCAGCAGGCCAGGAGCUGGCAUAAAGCAGCCGGCUCUGGGGAAUGCAGACAGGCCAUUGAAAAUCACAUUUUCAGUGGUUCAUUUGUCACUUGGCAGAUUGUUACUUGUGAGGAAGAACAGAGGUAUGUGGUUUGGAGGCAGUGACCUUUAUGUCUGGGUGCCUGCCUCUGCUCUCCAUGUGGUAGGGGAAGAAAGAAAGACGGGAGCAAAACGAAUGACUUUUAGUCAGAGCAAGGCAUUGCUCAUAAUGUUUUCAUGAUCAAAUAGGUGCUUUUCAUACUUGAAACAUGCAUAAAAUGUGGUGUCUAUAGCAUAAUAUCAUUUUCCUUGCUGGUCUUAUCUAAUAAGCCAGUACUUUUCAUUCCCUCUCUCCACCAUAACUCAUCUCUUUGGCAAGAAUGUCCAUAGGUUAGGGUGGGUGCCAUGAAAAAGGUAUUUGGAUUCUUUUGAUUUUCUAGCAUACAGUCUCCAUGGUGCUACAGAUGACCCCAUAAUUCCUUUGUUUUGUGUGUGUUACACCCAUUCAUUGAUGCCACUUUUAUUCAAUUCUGACCUGGUCAGAAUGCUCCAAUCAUGGAAGGUCAGAGCUGGAAGAGGCCCUGGAGAGGCCUGCUAGUUCAGCUCCUUAAUUUUGUUAGUGAGGAAACUGAGGCCCAGUGAGGGUGAUAAGUGUUUUGUGAACUAGGGCAAGAACCCAAAUGUCCUAAUCCCCAAUCCAGUGCUCUUAAACGUCAUGCUUUUAUAUUCAGAUAGUAUGUGGCUUUUUAAAUAUGAAAUAUUUAUGAUGGUUUAUAGUUCUUGUUUUCAGGGGGUCGUGUGGCUUACCCCACUCUUUGUAAUAGCUGUUUAAAAAUUGAUCUUGUGAAUCGGAUCUUGCCCUUUUUUUUUGCUGUGGGCUGUGCUGGAAGCUUUCUCUUUUUGCUGAAGUCUCAGUCAAGCUGUGUGAAAAUCUUUGUUCUUUGUUCUCUAAAAUGAUGUACUGUAUUACCGUUUACAUGGACGUUCAAGGUGCUCCCAAGUGCCUUGCAUCAGGGAUUAGUAGGAAUUCAAUUCUAUUUUCACAAGAACUAUGUAAAUUAGCAUGUGAUUAGGUACCACUAGAGUAUGUAUGUCACUAUUGUAGCUUUACAAUAGUUUUGGUUUUAGUCUUUGGAUUUUGUCACACACCGGCUAUGGAAGUGAAUAUUAGAAAUAUCUAACCAUGUGAUAUGGCGUUUUCAUGAAACCCAAGAAAUCAGUCGUGGCUAUUCAAUUAUCUUCUCUAUGAUGGUCUGGAGCUUUUUCAUUAAAUGAUGGAUGGAAAAUAUUUUAAAUUCUUUCAGAAGUCUGCCAAUUUUGACAAAUUUGACAAUAAAAUUAUAGGAAUUCUG